CAAAAAGGCAGCGCAUUCUCUUGAACAGCUUGCAUGCCCGCAUCAAUACCUACAGGAGUGAAUUUUUUUUGUUUUGCGCUAUUUAAUAUAUUUUUCUAGGUCAUUUGCAUGCAUUGUUUGUCUCUGAAAAUGGUUUGCGAGACUAAAAUUGUGGCAGAUGAUCACAAGUCUAUUCCUGGGACCAAAAAUGAGUCAGUUAUAACGUCUUCACUGAUGUGGCCCCCAUUAUCGUCGCAUCCUAGUGAUAUGGAAGACAGCAUGAGAUCUGACAAAGUUUAUAUUCGUGAAUUUCACCCAUAUGAUCAGGACGCAGCCCAGCGCAUAUUUUACGAGGGUUUAAAGGAGAGGAUCCCCAACACUGCGUUCAGAGGGUUAAAACAGCAACCCAAAGCGCUAAUCCUAUAUGUGGUGUUAACACUAAUGUGUUUUGUUAUCACCAAGUCCUUGCUGCUGAGCUGCUGUGUGCCCAUUAUUCUGAUGGGUCUGAGGUACUACUUCAGUAGGAAAGUUAUCCUUGGCUAUCUCGAGCACGUGCUGCAUACAGACAUGUCUGAUAUAGAGCAGUAUUACAUGAAACCAGCAGGUUCCUGCUUUUGGGUAGCAGUCCUAAAUGGGAAGGUGGUUGGCAUUGUGGCAGCCAAAGGGAACGAGGAAGAGAACAAUGUUGAGCUGUGUCGAAUGUCCGUAGACUCUUCUUAUCGUGGUAAAGGCAUUGCCAAAGCCCUUGGACACAAAGUCAUGGAGUUUGCCAUUCUCAACAGCUACUCCUCCAUUGUAUUAGGAACCACAGCAGUAAAAAUGGCAGCUCAUAAGCUGUAUGAGUCUUUAGGAUUUGCUCACAUGGGAGUCAUUGAGAACUACUCCCUGCCCGCAAUGGAUAACACCAUACUAGAGAGAAUGUUUUUCCAGCUUCGCUACCAUCGCUACAGCUUGCAGUUACAUGAAGAAUAAAUGAAAAAAAAUUCUAAUCUUUCUUGCCCAAACAUUCAUCUUGUAUCCAAAACAUCACCCAAUUCUGUUUACUGAAUAGUGUUAUUCAGUUCCUUUUUUAAAGUUUGUUAGCUGAGCUUGAUUGUUCAAAAAUAAUAAUGCGUUCCUUCCUCGCAUGCUGUAGGGUUGUGGUGCCACACUGGAAGUAUUCUUCUCUCUAUCCCUCUGCCUCUCUGCAUACAGUAUUCUUGUUAUGACUUGAGGGGGGACAUUCCUACCCCACAUUUCAGCCUUGCCCAAAUAAUUGCUUAAGGUUCAGAAAUCUCAGUGUAAGACUUGCUUUUUGGAAUGCGAAAAAUGCAGUUUUCCAAAUCUGUAUAAGUCUGGGUAUAUUGUGCCACAAUGACAGAAAUACACACAAAGCUUUGUUUCAGAUUCUUAACUAAUCCUUACACCAGUUAGCACAACUUGAAUUUUUGCUGAGAUUAUCUGCUUUUGAAUAGCUUUCAUGUGUCAUAAUGUGAAAUGCAUGAAGAGGAAGUGUCUGCACACACUUGAACAUGUAGCACUGCCAAUGAGGCACUGAUUUUGCACUUUUGAGGGGAUGUGCUGCAUCAUGCCAAAAUAAGUGAAAAAAAAAAAAACAUUGGUGCAGCCUGUAACUAUGGUGUUUCAUCAUUUCUAUUUUGUUUCCACAAGCCAGCAAAUAGACUUGAGCCACUCAAACUUCUUAUCCCAUUUUUGUAAGAUAUUGUAUAAAAAGAAAUAGCCUAUCUUUCUCUCUGCCUUGCCCUACUUUCAUUCCUAACCCAUAAUCUUGGGCCAAACCUGCAUGUGAAUUCAAGUUUUAUGCUGUUUUUUCUUACCCAUCCCCUCUUUUUGCUUGUGCUAUGUGAUGUCAUUCAAGCAAAAACUAGGCUGCUAUUUAGGUAACACUUUUACCUGAUGUUGUGCAUAAAUUAUAGUUAAUUAAUCUAAAUCUGCAACAUGUAAAAACAGAAUUGCUUUGAUCUGUAGAUAUGCAUACCCAGGAUUAGUGUAACUGCUUGCCUGUUAGAAAAAAAAAGAAAAAAAAACACUAACAUGCCUGUGCAGCCUGCCAAGUAAAGUAAUUAGCUGCUUAAAUGAUAUCAUAUGCUUGAAUUGUAGAAUGCAAAAGCAAUGCAAGGCAUAUUGGUACACAUUUGUGCCUGAUAUGUACAUACACUGCCUGCCUACAAAAGGAGAUUUAAAAUAAUGCAUAUUUCAGCCUAAACGUAUAUGGAAGUAUACGUUUAGGAAAAUAUUGUUCUUGCAUGACAUGUGUUAAGUCUCAGAAUAACACAUUUUAUCUUAAGAAAGACCUGAACUGCAGGAAAAGUUUGAUGUUUUGAAAUGCAUAUAUGGGAUAAGAUGGAAUAUUUAGUAUGGGAGUUAAACUUACACUUUUGAUAUUUAAAACAGAGAUGCUGAAGUGAUGGUCAUACUUCUGCAGAAUGAAAAAUAGUGUUAGUGCUAUGUAGUACAGCAGUUACCCACUUUUUCCCCAUAGUAGAUUUGCUGGCCUUUAAGCCUACCUCUGAGUAAACCACUCAACCUUAACACUUGAUGACACUGAAGCCUUCCCUAAUUUUACUUCAUGUAAAGCACUGCUAAAACUAUUACUGAAGGCACUUACAAUAAGUAUAGUUUCUAUAUAUGUUUACUGGAACUGCAUUGUUUCCAUCAGAAGAGAAUGAAAUUUCACUGUAACUAUUUUUUCUGUCUCUAAAAUGUAUUUUGAAUCCUUUGGUACAAUACUGUUGCUAAGAUUUAUUGUACAGGUAUUAUUGUACAAAGAGGUACAGUACUUAAUAAGAAGUCUAAUUCUGAUUAAUACUAAUGAGGAUGAAUGCCUGUGGAUCACAGCUGAUAAACAAGUACUGGAAUAUUGUUAGGUCUUAAGAGCCAGGCCUUGAUCACUAAAGGUAGAUUACACUUCAGAGAGCUAAACUCACCAUGCAAACAAUGCUAUCAAAACUAACCUAUGCAUUGUUCUGUUUGCACAUCAUGUUCUUAAUGAUUUUCUCAUUAUUCUGAAGUGCUUUCAGACUGAGUAUGUUAUCGCCCCUUGCUGUGUUUAGCAUAAAGUGAUGUCACACUGGGGUGAGAAAGUGUUGAUAUAUUCUUAAAUCUGGAAAUGCUUGUGCCCUGCUUAUCUGUCUAGAGUGGUCAAGCCAAAUGUCACAUAAGUAUCUACAUAUUGUAAAAUUAAGUUAUUUGGUGUACCAGGUGACAUUCAGUGAGACCAGUUUUCAUUACCUGUUUGCUUUAGCUGUGUAUUCCAGGCAUCUUUGGAUUCUAUAAUGCAGUAUUAUGUUGACAUUGCAUUCAUCUUUAAUUAUAGUCAUAACUCUAGCUGUUAGGGAUUCCUAGUCAUGCUACCAGUCCCUACAUUUCUGAACAUGUCAGUUCUCAAGAUCUCAUUCUGUAGAAGCUGUGCUCAGGAUGCAGAUGUAUUUAAUGGAGCUACAGUAUGUUUAGGAUGACUGGCAGUAUACUAACACUAUAUCUUUAGUGUUAUUAGCGUAUUACUUGCCUUGGGCAUGAAAUAAAAUGUGUUAAUUUCC